AUGACAGGCGGCAACCUCCCACCUCCUCCCUACUGUCCCACCGAUGCUUGUUGCUUGGCAACCGAUUUGCUUUGUCCAGCUGAGCUGACGCAGCCUCACACCUGUGAGGUAGAAAGAGAUCUUGAUAGCGCUGCAGUCUCCUACCCUUUCCACUUCCUCUUGCCACGCUUCUCAGUUGGUAUUACUGCUUCACCUGUAAGUGAAGAUCUGAUGAAAUGGGAAGCUGAGAUUGCAGGACUACGGAAUUCAAUUUGUCAUGGAUUAGUUUUCCAACUGACAAUAAAUUUUACACCAGAGUACAACCUUGCUCCUCCAGUUGUGAAAUUUAUAACAAUUCCUUUUCAUCCAAAUGGUGUUGCUUUCUACCCUAGUCUAGAAAAUCCAAUGAAUUUGGAAGCAGCUCAACUGUUGAUUAAAGACGAAUCUAUGUACAGAACAGUGGUUCAGAAACUUCUCCAGGAAUCGGCACAAAGACAUGGCAGCCUAGAGUUAUCUGAAGACAUACACACACGUAUCAGAAUAAUUAAAACAAUCUCAUUUAACGACUACUACAAGACAUGGUCUGGAAUAGCCACGACAAAAACCACAGAACACUCCAGAAAUUCAUUGCUUAAAGAUCCAAAUUUCAUGGGACAGUACUAUAAAUGGAAGAGAUGCAAUCUGCAACAUCCCCGACAAUGGAAGUUGAAGUUCGGGGUCGCCAAGUGUCGGUUUACAAGAGGAAACAGAUUGCCUCAUCCAGGCAUUCAUUUCGGCGAAAGGACAUUUACCUGCCCAUCUCCAAUGGACGCUUCUUUUGAGUCUGAAAUAGAAACUGACGCAGGGAUUUGUGAAGCAAUGCAAGAGUGGAAGAAUGAACACUCACCAGAAACCAUCGGCUCCGAUGAAUCUUGGGAAAAUGAAGUGGACAACCUGGUUGCAUGGACCAAUGCUCUUGACAUAGAUUCUCUAGACAAUCAGGACUAACCGCCCAGAUUUUAAAAACACACAACUGCAUGAAACAACUUUGAAUGGCUUUCAAAGCUUGGGUUCUGUUCUGUUUUGUUUUGUUUCCCAAUUGACCUCAAUUUCUUUCUGUAAGCACAAAAAUACAAUUAUAAGU